CUUUCGUUGUUUUAAAAUUAUAUUUUACGUUGAGUUGUUUAAACACCUAUUCGUUGAAAAUUUGUGUCUUUAAAAUAUAUAUGCCGUCAUGAGACCACCUUAAUAAGAAUUGUGGUUCUUAAUGUUAGGGUUGAACAAUGGAGUAACAGAAGAACGGAAUUGUGAAAUGGAAGAAGCUGAAACUGGAGAACAACCCACAAUCUACUUUCGUCUGUGUGUCUGGAAUAGUACUGGAACAGAUCCACUUGCCAAAGCAUGUAAAUGUCAACCCAUGCGCUGUGCUCGGCGUGCCAUCAUCGUUACAACUGAUGGCACGAUCUUCUACGAUUUCAAGAGAAAUGAGUUUGAUGUGCAUUACAAUGAGUUUAAUGAUUUUGAUUUGUCCACGAGUGGUGUUUGCCAUAAUGGGUUAAUGUACCUCUUGCAUGCAAUAUAUAGCCCUUUCGAAGAUAACCAUACCGACGUGGCAUGUUUCGACAUUGAGACGGGCAAAUGGUGCUGCUUCGUGAAGGGAUUUGAAGAGUAUGAUAAUGCACUUCCUCUCCUUCAUAGUCCUGAUACGUACAUGUUUAAUAUUCCUUCAUUGUUCCUUCACUUGGGAGAAGACCGUUUCUGCCUUUUAUGGGCAGGUGGUGGCCCCAAAGUCCACUGCACCAGAUUCACUCUCAAUGUGAGGGGGAGGCGAGUUUUUGCAGAAAAGGUUUCUACCCAGGUGUACAGGGUUGAGGGCUUGGUACGCUGUUUCACUGGGGAGUAUCAGGCUUUGCCUCUGAAUACUUUGGCCCAGAGGCAUUUCGAAGACAGGAUUCACAACAUCAAACAUACCUUAAGCCAAUUGCAAUUGUCAGAGAUUCAAGAUCAACAAAGAAAAAUUGAAUCCAUCCAAGAUGAUCUUAACCAAUUACUAGCUUUAUCCCAGAAUAUGCAUAUGCAACAACAGGUUCCUCCUCCACCAGCUCUGGGGGUGUCUGGGACACCAUCACUUAUUACAGAUUCAGCUGUAAUGUUAGGGUUGAACAAUGGAGUAACAGAAGAACGGAAUUGUGAAAUGGAAGAAGCUGAAACUGGAGAACAACCCACGAUCUACUUUCGUCUGUGUGUCUGGAAUAGUACUGGAACAGAUCCACUUACCAAAGCAUGUAAAUGGUUUGCUAUUCCACCGCGAGGGGUAAAUGUGGACACAAAUGCCCCUCUCUCCCCGGCCUUUCACGAGCCACCCUGGGGAAAGCAUGGGAUAACAUAUGAACCUGUUGGGGUGGGAUCUCAUAUUUUCCUCAUAAGUGGUGUAGAAUAUACUUGUUGUGAUGUACCGAUCAGGCGUGUCCAUUAUUUAAAUACUCAAAGCGAAGAGAAAAAUUGGGAAGAUGGCCCUACUCUUGAGAAAGCACCUAAUACGUGCUAUAUCUUCGCUGUGGAUGGCAAGAUUUAUGCACUGGGAAUGUAUUGGGAUAAUUUAUUUACUUUGCACUAUCUUGACUCCCAUAAGUUGGAGAAGGGAUGGACGUGCUUGCUAGAAUUGGAUGAUUAUGAUAAAUCCCCUACGAGCUCAUGUGUGUUUGCACACACAAUUGAAUAUGAAGUUGUAACUGAUUCUACUACUAGUCAACCCAUGCGCUGUGCUCAGCGUGCCAUCAUCGUUACAUGUGAUCGCACGAUCUUCUACGAUUUCAAGAGAAAUGAGAUUGAUGUGCAUUACAAUGAGUUUGAUGAGUUUGGUUUGUCCAAGAGUGGUGUUUUCCAUAAUGGGUUAAUGUACCUCUUGUAUGCAAGAUAUAGCCCUUUCGAAGAUAACCAUACCGAAGUGGCAUGUUUCGACAUUGAGAAGGGCAAAUGGUGCCGCUCCGUGAAGGGAUUUGAAGAGUAUGAUAAUGCACUUCCUCUCCUUCAUAGUCCUGAUACGUACAUGUUUAAUAUUCCUUCAUUGUUCCUUCAUUUGGGAGAAGACCGUUUCUGCCUUUUAUGGGCAGGUGGUGGUCCCAAAGUCCAUUGCACCAGAUUCACUCUCAAUGUGAGGGGGAGGCGAGUUUUUGCAGAAAAGGUUUCUACCCAAGUGUACAGGGUCGAGGGCUUGGUUCGCUGUUUCACUUGGGAGUUUCAGGCUUUGGCAAUCUUCGCCAGCGUCCCCCGUCAUUACCCUGCAGUGUCCGGUUCGGUCGCAGGGCUCGAGACUCGACAGAUCUCGUCGUUCAUUAACAAUCCGAGUCCUAACCGGUCGAACCGUGCGUCUUAUCAGACGCGUUUAGAUGGGUGUGAUUAUGAGCACUGGCUUGUUGUGAAGGAGAAGCCUGCAGACUCUCCUUCGAGAGACGAGAUAAUUGAAGGCUAUAUUAAAACCCUAGCCCAGGUGGUUGGAAGUGAGGAAGAGGCAAGGAUGAGGAUAUACUCUGUCUCAACUAGACACUAUUAUGCAUUCGGGGCUCUCGUGUCAAAGGAACUUGCUGAAGACUUAUAUGAUUUGGAAGGGGUUAAGCUUGUGCUUCCAGAUUCUUACAUGGAUAUCAUAAACAAGAACUAUGGGGGCGAGCCAUUCAUCAAUGGUCAGGCUGUACCGUAUGAUCCUAAAUACCAUGAGGUGUUUGUGAGAAACCAGGAGGCUGCACGUCUCCGGAGGGAGAGAAGAGAGGCGCCUUAUCAGAGAUCUCAGGAGUGUAUGAGAAAAAGGGGAACCGAAACACUGAACCAGUAAUUAAACUGGAAAAAUUGGUUUUUGGUUCGGUUUGGUUACACACACACACACACGGACUUCCUUAGUUCUACUAAGUUGUGUU